UCCACCUAGCAGACAAAGACAAGAAAAAAUUGAUAGAAGAAAAAUCUCAAGCAAAUAUUUCCCAGAAAGUGGAGAAAAAGGUGGAAAAUGAUAAAAUGGUAAAAGCUAAAAAAUUAGAAGAACCUAGAAUUGUUAAGCAGGUUCAAAAGGAACCAGUAAAGGAGGAAAUAAAAACGAAUACAAAAGCGAAGAAGAUAACGACCGAUCAACAGAAAGUUGUUAAGAAGAAAGAACCUAACGAAAUGAAGAAAACGAGUGGUAAAGAGACUAAAGAAAAGUCCAAGUCUAAUUCAAAGAAUAAAAAAGCAGUAAAAAAGAAAGCAACACCAUCAGUAUCCCUAAGUGAGUUCAAUGAUGAAAUACUUCAACUGCCAAAUUUCGUACCAAACUUUACAGCAGUGGAGAACACUAUCUGUCAACAGCAUGGGAAAAUAUUUCUACGACAAUUACGUGGUUAUAAAUUAUGGGCAUUACAAAUGUUGGAUUCAAGUGGUAAAAUACCAUCUGGCUUAUUGAGAGGAAAUAUUAAUCAAUUGGGUGACUUUGAUGAGUGUCUUGGCGUUAUUGCUCACGUUAAAAUGCCAGAUAGCACCUUGAAGAUACAGGGAAAAUAUUGUUUAGUAAAUAUAGAUAUCCAAAGUUUAGAAACAAACAUGAAAAUUCCUCUCAACUUGAUGCAGAGUCGUGGCUUUGUUAAAGGAACUAUGAAUGAUCCAGGUCAUUUUAUACCUAAAUUUACAACAGUCAACUGGGGACUUUGUAUUCCUGCUGCCUGCACUGAAGUUGAUGCAAAAAAUACCAUGGAGAAUUCGCUAAGUCAUCUAGGUAAUAUCAGUGGAUUGAAAUUUACGAUCAACGUCAAUGAAUCUAAUUGUUAUGUUAAACAUAAAGUUCAAAAUUAUUCCAAGGAGACUAUUGGAGUUUUGUAUUUUUAUGCUAUGAUUGUUUGUCUGGUUAUCGUUGCAACAUUUCGAGAUUUUAUCAUAACAAAUAAAGACAAACAGAAUUAUUCCGAGAGAAUUAUCAUGUCAUUCUCAUUGAAGAAAACAACUAAAGCUCUUUUCAAACCAGUUGAUGUUGAUUCAGAUGAGAUAACAUGUAUCCAUGGAAUAAGAUCUAUUGCAACUAUUAUACUUUAUGUUGGUCAUAAGAUCAUUUCGAUUACUGGACUUCCUUACACUAAUAGGGAAGCCCUUACUGAGUUAGCUAAUCAUCCAGUCACAUCAGUUCUAAGAGUUGCUGUAGUCUAUACUGAUUCCUUUCUUCUAAUCAGUGGAGUUCUUAUUUCUCAUAGCAUGGCCAAAGAGUAUGCUAAAAAUGGUGAAAUUAGAUGGUUUUGUCGAUUAAUAGCAAGAUAUAUACGUCUCACACCUGCAUUACUGAUCAUAAUAUUUUGGUAUGCAUUUAUUAUGGAACACUUUGGCUCCGGUCCACAAUGGAACAGUAUUAUGAAAACGAAUGCUGAUUUGUGUAAAAACAAUGCAUGGACUAAUUUAUUAUACAUUCAAAAUUUUUUUCCCUUUGAGGAAAUGUGUGCUACACAUACUCAUCAUCUAGCUAUUGACAUGCAGCUUUCACUAUUGGCACCAGUUUUAGUAUUUUUUCUACAAAAUAAACCAAUCAUUGGAAUAAUUUUGAUAUUUUUUCUACUCCAAGUAUCAGCAACUCUUCGUUAUUUUGCUACCAUCAAUAAUUACUUGUCAUUAGUAAUAUUCCAUGGGAUUUCAAUAAAACAUCUUUAUAAAACUGCCAAUCUCACUUAUGCAGUAUCAAUUCAUCGAGUGACACCUUAUUUAUUUGGCAUUGGACUUGGAGUACUUUUACAUCAUACUGGGAAGAAAUUAAAUAUCUAUAAAAUAUUUAUAGCAAUAGCUUGGAUUAUAACAAUUUUAUUAUUCACAUGGGCUUUAUUCUGGCCUUGGAAUGCAUCAUCUCGCAAUUAUGUUUAUAAUGCAGAAGAUGCUGCACACUAUGCUGUUAUUGGUCCAGUUGCCUGGGCUUUGGCACUUUGUUGGUUAAUAUUUGCCUGUUUCACUGGCUAUGGAGGUACUAUUAAUCGAUGCUUGUCCAACUAUUGGCUCGUUGUAUUCAGCAGAAUCUCCUAUUCAGUUUAUCUAACUCAGUUUGCAGUGUUCUUUUAUAAUGCUGCAUCAACUCGUUACUCAACUGAAUUUCAAGUUUAUAAAAUUAUUGAUCCUUAUGAAGCACUAACAGUCAUUGUUAUAUCAAUUAUUUUAACUCUAUUCUUUGAUAUUCCAAUUCAAGAAGUUAAAAAUGUUUUAAUGGAGUCAACGAAGGUCAUCAAAACAUCAACAGCUGAUGAGACGGAUUCUAAACAUUCAAAAGAUCAUUCUAAAGGUUCUGAAAUAGAUAAUGAGCAGAGUUGGAACCCAAGGUAUUACGAAAAGUUUGAAAGCAAUGAUGACUUGGAUGCAGAGCUUAAUACUUACGAGAAGGUUAAAAAAUGGGAACAAAUGACGGAGGAUUAUCAUAAUUCAAUGAUGAAUCGAGAGAAACGACGAAGUAAAAGCACUCCUAGGAUGCUAGAUACUCAUUUAGGAUCUAGAAUUAGAGAAACAACACCAAGUCUUGGUGAUAAAAGAGAUCAGUUAUAUUCACGGAUAUCUGAACCUCGAAUGUUCGGUUCAUCUGAUGUAUCUCCAAGGAAUCUCAGGAAGGUUCCAGUUAAUUUUAUAUCGUCAGAAAGUGAAGACGAACCGUUGCAUCGAAAAAGAAGCCCAAGGAGGCCAAUAGAGAGACCUAGAGUCUCAGAUGAGGAAGAUUGGGAACAAGAAUUGAGAAUCAGACGAAGGAGAUUCGUUGAGAAGAUGACAUCGGAGCAAGACAAGUCUGAUACUGAUGAGCCAGAUUUAAUUAGAAGAUCAUCAGCAGAAGGAAAGAUAGCUUUAUUGAAAGGUCCAACUGGUAGUAGAGUGAUGGAUGCUUGGACUGUGAGCCGUGGACCACGGGCACUUCUAGGAUCAUCUCAGGAAACUGAUGAUGAUUUUUACAGUCGAACUGAUGCUGAUUAUAAUAAAGAAAUCAUUCAAGAUAAAACAUCAAGUAUUUCUAAUGUAGAAAAUCGAAAUCAAUUUAAUAAUAAUGAUAGUAUUAGCAAUGAUAAUAUUUCUACUAUUCCCGGGAAAUUAUUCAAACGAGAAUCAAUAGUUAAAAGUCAACCAAGUGAGGAAGAUCCAGAAUAUCUUCUUCCAGAGAGACCUAAAUUAGUUGAACAAGAACAGGAACAUCCUUUUAAAAAAGCCUGGCAAAUGCAGAAAUCAAAGUCUGAAGAAGAUGGACCUUCAGCUUUUGCUAUUAAAGAAGUUAAAGUUGAAGAAAUGCAGAAUCAAGUUGAUCAGAAAUUACCUAGUCCUAUUGAAUCAAAUAUUCAACUUAUUAUUGAAGAUGUUGAUGUCACGAAGAAGGAUGAUAAUCAAGGUAGAUUAAAACCAGUGAAACAACAAACAAUAUCACUAGAUGAUGAAGAUCUGAUGAUUGAUGAUAAUGUACAAAGUCCUGAGGCAGAGGUACAAAAUGAUGACUGCGUUGAAAAAGAAAAGCUUGAAGAAGACAAUACUCAAGAUUCGGUAUAAUUUAAGGAAAUAAUUUUAAAUUUUUAUUAAUUAGAAAAAAAAUGAUAUAAAUAUUAAUGAUUACAAACAAAAAAAUGUCUUUUCUAAUGUUUGUUUUAAAUUAGUAUAUCUAAUUCGAAGUCGUAGAAUUUUUUAUAAAAAAUCUUUGGAAGUUUCUGAUUAUUUUUUAACUUUACCUGUAGCUAUUGGAAAGUGCUCAAUUUUUGAAAAGCCUCCGAGACCAUUGGCUUUGUAGGAGGAUUCCGUAUUUGUUAAUUUACUUGUCUGUAAUCAAUUAAAUUAAUUAAAAUCAUCAUGAUUAAACAUAAAA